CUCAGUAUAAACAGAGCAUUCAUCAAUUUUCCGAUUACGUUUUCUCUCUGCAGAAAGAAAUUCUGUAGAAAAAUGAAGUUCUCUGGGUUGAAACUCCGUGCGGCGAAUGCUUACUUCAUAAGGAAUUGGAGAAGACAAGACUUGAUGAAUUCUGGAAAAAUGCUCCAACACGCUUACCAAAGCUUGAAGAAGGUGUAUCUUACUCUCUUCUGUGCCAUGUUGGCCUUUACUUUUGGAUCCUUCUUGCACUUGAUCUGGGAAGCGGGAGGUCCAUUCACAGUCUGUUCUUCUGUAGCAAGUUUACUCUGGCUUUACUCUAUACCACCAUGGAGAGUGACAAAGAGGAUCUUACUCCUGAUGUACGCAGCCUAUAGUUUUGGUGCUUCUUUUGGCCUUUUCACCAAAUAUCUCUUUGGCAUCGAUCAAGUCCUCGUUGUCAGUCUUUUGUCAGGUUCAUCUAUUGGCUAUGGAAUUCUCUGGUUAGGGGCCUUGUUAACACAGGAAAGAAAAGAAACAUACAUUGGUUGCAUGGUCUAUUCUAGUGCUCUAAUAUUAUCCAGCUUUGUUGUUGAUGCUUUUGAUAUCCUUGAUAGCUACACAGCUGAUUGGAUGUUAAAGGUAUACACAGUGCACGCAUUGUUCAUGGGUUACCUUGUGGUAUAUAGCCAAGAGAUACUAUACGAUGCUCGCUUUGAGGAAAUUGACUUUGUCAAUCGUACACUCACCGUCCUCUUCCAUUUACCGGGUAUACUGGUCCAUGCUGCAAGACUAAUCCUGGGCGCAGAAAUAGAGCAACACAGACAGAAUUAAUGCAAAUACAGUUGGAACUACAGAAUAAAUAGAGACUAGAUAGCACAGAUGUGGAACUGUAAAUGAUGAAAAAGUAUUCCUUUGUGGCUACAUUUUACUGACUGAAUUUGAAAUUUGUUUAGUCUGAAGCCAAGUGCUUUGAAUAUUUCCUGGCAAAUACUGGUUGUUGAUACUUUGUGAUUAAGAAAAAUCUUAAGUAGAAUAGACAGGAAUGUUCCAUAAGUUC